CUCCCCUCUCCAAUUCUCUUCAUCUCCCCCUCUCUCUUUUUUUUUUCUCUCACUCCCGCCACGGGAAAGGCCAAUGGAACCCCAUUCUCCUUCCUUCGGCCUUUUCCCUGUCGCUUCACUUUCUUCUCCCACUCCCUGGACUCGCCACCAGGAUAACCUUUUUGAGCACGCUCUCGUUCUGGUCCCCGAUAAUUCUCCUGACCGUUGGAUCAAAAUCGCCGCUCUUGUUCCUGGUAAAUCAGCGGCCGACGUUAGAUAUCAUUAUGAUGUCUUGGUUUCGGACGUACUGGAUAUUGACUCUGGACGAGUUGAGUUGCCCAAUUAUGCUGAUGACUUGACGGUGGCCAAAUCGUCGGAGAGGGAGAGGUCGCCGCCGUCGCCACGUCCAGUAUCGGAGAAAACCUCGACGACUGAGAGGAAAAAGGGGAAACCCUGGACGAAAAAGGAACAUCAGCUGUUUUUAUUAGGGCUGAAGAAAUUUGGAAAGGGAGAUUGGAGAAGCAUUUCUAGAAAUGCGGUGAUUACAAGAACUCCAACUCAAGUAGCAAGUCAUGCUCAAAAAUAUUUUCUUCGUCAAGAAUCUGCCAAAAAGGAUCGAAAAAGAUCAAGUAUUCACGAUAUCACCACCGUAGAAGGCAGUUUAGUAACGACGUCAACAACUGCUAUCGGUCAAAGUCAACCAAGUAUUUUGUCAGUGACUCAACCGCUAUCGUCGUCGUUUCCACUACAUAUGCGACACCAAUUUGCAUCUUCAGGCUAUUUUCCUUACCGAAGAAGUUUGUUGGAUUACUAAAGCAUGGAGUUAUUUAAUCAUACGCAAACGUAGAAUAUAUAAUUGAGUAUACGGUAUACCAUAUUGUUUUUUUAUAAAAUACUAUAGUUGUAUGCAAAAGAAAAUGGCAAAAGUUCACUUUAUUGAGAUUUUGUCGUUUUUGAAUUAUGUUAUCCAUCGGUUUUGUGUAA